AUGAAUCCUAAUACUUAUGGUUCUGGGGUUACCAUGCUUGACAAAAGGACACUCUGGCAUAUCGCCCAAAUCAUUGGUUUGGUACUAGAUGUACCCUUGCCGCCAGGCAAAAUGCCUAAUAUUUAUAACGCUCUAGUAGUUAAGGGUCAAGAUACUGCUGGUCAAGCAAUUAAUGUGACUUGUGAGGAUCUGAAGUAUCCGCCUUAUUGGGUAGAAUGCCUUCUGGUGUGGGUUAUCAACCUACCAUUAGUACCAAAAUGGGUUCUUUACAAGAAAGAAUUACUUCUACCAAAUAAGGAUGCUACUACUAUACUAUCAUCGGGGUUAGUCGCCAAAGGUAUCUAUCCAACAGUAGAUCCUUUAGAUUCAAUGUCAACUAUGCUACAACCGUGGAUUGUUGGCGAAGAACACUAUGACACUGCACAAGAGAAAAGUGGUGGCAUUGAUCCACAAGAAGCUCAUCGAACUCUUGAAAUAGCGGAAGCUGCUUUGAGAAAAGCUGAAGGAAAGAGAACCUUUGGUUUCUCAGUUAAAUUCGAACAAGAUACGGGCGUCAUAUGA